UUGAUUUUUUAAAAUUGACAAUGAAAAGGAAAAAAAAAAAAACGAAGAUGAACAAACCCUAAGAUCAAACCAUUUUCAUGUGGGUUGGGCCAGCUUUAUUAGUACUUAUAAAUUAUUACUCAAAUUCAUAAUCUGGGCCUUAAGAUAUGAGUCCAAAAUAAUGAAACAUUAGUCCAUAACUUUGAGUCAAAACAGUCCAAGCUCUAAAACAUGGACACAAAAUUAAAAAUCCCUCCAAAAGUAACACUUUAACACUUUGACCCAGAUCUCGGAAUCUCUUCGCCGGCGACGGAAAUUCUAGCCAGUCGCCACCAUCUUCACCGGAGUUAAUUCUCCGGUAAAUUUUUGAAUCUGAAAUUAAAUCUGAAAUCACCAUUGUUUCGAUAGAAGCACCAAUUUGACAUGGUGUUGAAUCUGCAAUGCCCCCUUUUUCUCAAUUUCAACAGAAACCCAGAAAUCUUCCAUGUAUUGUUCAGCCAUUGAUUGAUCUCUGUUACCAAGGGAAACUCAAAGAAGCCAUUAAUUCACUCAGCAUUUUAGCCAGAAAAGGCUUACGGUUAGACUCAGAAACUCUAACAUUAAUUUUGGGACAGUGUGCAAAAACUAGGUCGCGCAAAGAAGGAAGAUGGGUGCAUCUUUAUAUGAAGGCUACUGGUAUGAAACACCCCAGUACUAUAGUAUCGAAUUAUCUUAUGCAUAUGUACUUUGAAUGUGGUGAUCACAUUGAAGCACGCAAGGUGUUUGAUAAAAUGUCUGUGAGAAAUGUUUACAGUUGGAAUAAUGUCCUUUCUGGGUAUGCUAAGUUAGGUAUGUUAGAUGCUGCUAGGAGGAUUUUUAAUAAGAUGACCGAAAGGGAUGUCGUGUCGUGGAAUACGAUGGUGAUUGGGUAUGCGCAGCAAGGGAAACAUAGUGAGGCUAUGAGGUUUUAUAAGGAGUUUAGAAGGGAGUCUAUUGGUUAUAAUGAGUUUAGUUUUGCUGGUGUUUUGACCAUUGGGAUCAAGUUGAAGGAUGUAGUGUUAACCAGGCAAGCACAUUGUCAAGUUUUGGCUGUUGGGUUUCUUCCGAAUUUGGUUAUUUCGAGCUCGAUUGCAGAUGCUUAUGCUAAAUGUGGACAGUUGAGUGAUGCAAGGAGAUUGUUUGAUGAGAUGCAGGUUAGGGAUAUCCCAGCUUGGACUGUAUUAAUUUCAGGGUAUUGUAAGUGGGGUGAUAUGAAAUCAGCCCAAGAAUUGUUUAACGCGAUGCCUGCAAAGAAUCCUGUUUCGUGGACUGCUAUGGUUUCUGGCUAUGCUCGGAAUAAUUCUGGAUAUGCUGCUCUGAAGUUGUUUCACAAAAUGAUGAACUUUCGCAUUAGACCUGAUCAGUUUACUUUCAGUAGCGCACUUAAUGCUUGUGCUAGCCUAGCUACAUUGAAGCACGGUAAGCAAAUCCAUGCCUAUAUGAUACGAACUUGUUUUAGACCUAAUAACGUGGUUGUCAGCUCUCUCAUUGAUAUGUAUUCUAAAUGUGGAAGUUUAAAGCUUAGCCAGCAGGUUUUUCGCUUGAUGGGUAUUAAGGAAGAUGUUAUGUCAUGGAACCCCACGAUAGGUGCCCUGGCACAGCAUGGUUAUGGUGAGGAGGCAAUCAAAAUGUUUGAUGAGAUGCUUCUUUACGGCGUAAGACCAAAUAGAGUAACUCUUGUAGUCAUUCUCAGUGCAUGUAGUCAUUCCGGUCUUGUAGAUCAGGGGCUUGCUAUCUUCGAGUCCAUGACUGAUGAUCAUGACAUUUCUCCUGACGCGGAGCAUUAUGCAUGCCUAGUUGACCUAUUGGGUAGAGCUGGACGCUUUGAUGAGCUGAUGAAACAAUUGGAAAAGGUGCCAUGUAAAGAUGAUGAUAGGAUAUUGAAUUCCCUGAUUGGUGUCUGUCAAAUUCAGGAGAAUGUUGAGCUAGGAAAGCGAGCAGCAGAACACCUUAUCAAACAAGACCUGCAUUCUUAUGCCCCAUAUUUAUUGCUUUCAACCAUACAUGCUGCAUCUGGGGAGUGGGAGAGUGUGGAAAAAAUAAGGCAGCUCAUGGAUCAAAGAGGUGCCAGAAAAGAGAAAGCUAGUAGUUGGGUUGAAACUAACAAUAAGGUUCAUUCUCUUAAUGCGCAAUAGCUUAUAGUUCCAUGUUAGAACCAAUUUUGGCUUCAGCUAUAAUUUUCAUCUGUUGCAAGAUAAGGUAUAGUGGAACUAUACUUGUAUUUUAGAAUACAGCUUGUUUUUAAAUUUUUUAUUUAUUUUUGACGACGAAGAAUACAGCUUGCGUACAUCUUGAAUACUUGUAUUUCACUGUAAUCAGGGUUGCAUAUGAUCCAGGUUUAACCCGAUUUGUUACAGUUUAAUGGAUAAAUUUGUUCUUCA